CAACACACGUGAGGUUGUAAACAAAGUGGACUAGAAGGACGGCCAUCGCCAGAGCUCAGUGAUAUGAUGAGGGCCCGUUACUGUCUCCUGGCUCUGUCCGCCAGCGUCCUCCUGUCUCUGUCUCACAGCUACACCCUGAGGAGCUCCGUGUCCUGGGUGGUCUCCUCCAGCGACGUGGUGGAGGACGCGGACCUGUCGGAGGAGGUGGCCCCGGCGCUGCUGGUGGACGGAGCCGGGCUGUGGAAGCAGCAGGCUUAUCCGUCCUCAGACGUCCUCGGAGACGGCGUGGAGAGUCCCGGGGAGCUGGUGAAGCCUGAAGACGAGAGUGUGGCGCAGCUGUCCUCUCGUCUGUUCUCAUACCGGCUGGAGAAGGUGAAGAAGAAGUCCGGCAGCAGCGGCGGUCCUCCUCCGCACCAGGAGACCGCCAGGACGGCCAGAUACAUAGCUCACUACAGCGACUGGGGACAUCUGGCCACCAUCUCAACUCAAGACAAGAUCAAAGGUCUCCCCUUUGGGAACAUCUUCUCAGUCAGUGAUGGACCGCUGGACAACAGUACUGGAGUCAUCUAUUUUUAUGUUACACCAAUGGACUUCACCGUCUCAGACCUGAGAAGUAACCCCUACGCUUCGCUCACGUUCUCAGAGGCUGAGGGAGAAUUCUGCAGGCAAAUGGUGUACGAUCCAGAAGAUCCCAGAUGUGCUCGACUCACACUAACAGGCAAGAUGGUGGAGGUCGUUCAGGAGGAGCUUGUGUUUGCAAAGGAGGCAAUGUUUACAAGACACCCUGCGAUGGCAAAGUGGCCCGUGGGACACAAGUGGUUCUUCAUGAAGCUGGAGUUGAUCCAGGUCUGGCUGCAGGACUGGAUCGGAGGCGUAUCACUCAUACCACUGGAGGACUACUUUAAAGCUACGCCUUUCUGAGAACCCCCCACCCUCCCUCCCUGCAUCAUGUCAGCCUAUACAGAUCAGUUCAGCUGUCUACACCACAGAAGUCACGCUUAUAAGGAGCAAGAAUUCCCAAAGCAGCAAUGUGUAAAGAAUAUUUUUACUUUUUUGUUGCUAUUUUAAUUUAGUAAAGUGAAUAUUCUUCACUUUUUCCCCCACAAAAUCAGUUCAUCAGUUUCCUGUGUUUGCUGUCUGAAUGUAUUUAAAGUCAACAAGCUAGUUAAAUUGAAUGGUCACAGUUCUCACAGCUGGCAUAAACAUUGAUUGACUAUUUUAUUGAUUUACAUUAAAAUAUGUCUGCUGUUUUAAAAAUAAAUGAAUGUGAGCACACACAA